UUAACAGCUUACACCUCCCGGCGUGCCCAACACGUUAACAGAUUCAAGCGAAAAUUGGUUUGGAGAGCAGCCAUCAAUAUGCGUGGAUUUAUUAUUUUAGCUGUCUUGGCAGUGGCUCAGGCUGAUGUGGGUGGCUACAACUAUGGCGCAGGUAUUGGCGGCUCUGUCUCAGGAGGUUCCAUCUCUGGAGGAUCCAUUUCUGGAGGUUCCCUCUCAGGUGGAUCUAUUUCUGGAGGCUCCAUCUCCGGUGGAUCUCUCUCUGGUGGAUCUUUUGGCUCCUCUCAGACUUUCGGAAAUAACUAUGCCCCUGUGAACACCGAGUUCAACAAGGAGUUCUUCACCUACUCCGCCCCAGAAGCUGACUUUGAGGACAACCGAAACAUUGGCGACUUGGCCGCCUCCCUCAAGAAGAAUUUGCGAGUGGUUUUCAUCCGGGCGCCGGAGAAUAAGGGUCUGGAGAACGCUGCUCUGGCUCUGGCCAAACAGUCUGCCGAGCAGCAGACCGCCAUCUAUGUCCUGACCAAGCAGGGCGAUCUCUCCAGUCUGGCCAACCAGCUGCAGAACCUGAACCAUGUGAGCGCCAGCAAGCCGGAGGUGCACUUCGUCAAGUAUCGCACCCAGGAGGAUGCCCUCAAUGCGCAGCGCACCAUUCAGCAGGAGUAUGAGCGCCUGGGUGGCUCCUCCACCUCCCACAAUGGAGGCGUGGCACCUGUCCUGGACUUUGCCACCAAAAUUCAGCAGCAACAUCAGCAACUGCAGCAACAGCAGCAACAGCAGCAGCAGCAGCAACAGGUUCAGCUAAUUGAUGAGCGUCGGGCCACCACUGGCAGCGUGUCCGCCGAACUAGAGGCUCCUUCUGCUGGAUACAUCCCACCUGCAGCCGCAGCUCCCAGUUCCACUUACUUGCCCGUAAACAAGGUCAAGUAGAGGGCCAAAUCUUAAGUUACAAAUUAGCCAAAUUGUGUUGCACAUGUGUGCUCUCUUUAACCAACUACUCUUUAAAAUAAAAAGUUAAUUUAAUGAA